AUGUCCCUUUUACAGAUACCAGAUGAGAUUAUUCAACAUUUGCUCUACUACAUCUCUCCCGAAGACAACCUGUGCAGUUUUCAGUUUCUCUCCCAUCGCUUGAGGCACUUAGCCAAUGAACCGCUUCUCUGGAGAUAUCAUUGCCAAAACAGCUUCACUUUCUGGAACCCAGAACACAACUUCUACCGUCGUAUAAGAGGCAGAGCUUCUAGCACACCCUGGAAGGAAAUAUUUCUCGUCCGGAAGUCGCGCAAUGCGCAGGUUGAACGCCUCUUGGUUGAGAUCCUAGAGACUAAAGUUGGUCGCCUAAAGCGGUUUGAAAAAGUUUGCAAACUCGGUUAUGACGCCAAAGAUUUUCUCCUAGAGCAGUGCAAUGCCGAUGAUUCCGCUGAAGAUGUUUUGGCCAGACGAUACUACAGUAAUUCCCUGCUGGACAGUAUCCACAGAUCUCUUGCCAUCGAGGAGUGGUAUAAUAUUCAACAGGCGAGCAGGAACAACAACAGACAGCCAGCAAACCUCAGUCUUGAGCGAGCACUGGGCGCAUUCGAUCUAUUUGUUUUGCAUGACCAGCCUGGGGAUUUAGAUGAUAUUGGCCUUAUUCUGGAUAGAUUGGCUGCCGAUUUUCGCGACACUCAGCCAAGCAUCGAUGGCAUGUCCACGCGGCAAAAAGCGUUGGAGUUGAACCACUGGCUUCGGUGUAACAAUCUCACAGGCUUGCAGCAUCCUGAUCGCAGUUACCGCAACCUGCGAAACUGUCUCAUUGGUCAGGCUCUUCGUCACGAAGACCACGACUCGAUCCCUAUCAUCUCGAGCGCUAUUUUUUGUUGUAUCGCAGAACGACUGGGCUUACAAGCGCAAUGCUGUGCUUUCCCUACUCACGUUCACGCCAUAGUCUUUGCCGAGAAUGGAAAGACUUUGGAUAGCGUGCCUGUCAUCGAGGAUGAUGCGCCUCUUGAAAGGAUGUAUCUGGAUCCAUAUGGCUCUAGUGAGGAAAUACCCAUGGCUGAUCUAAGAUCUAUGCUGGCUCAUUUCGGCUGGCAGACAAGCACUGAUGUGUUUCUAUCUCCUGUAAGUCCUGUUGCGAUCGCUAUGCGAACAGCACGCAACAUCAGAGCCACCGCUUCCAGGGUGAUCGAAGCACGAGAGCAAGCGGAUCCUGAACUCACGCGAUUGAUAACCGGGAACGAUUCGUCCAAUAUAGACGCUGCUCUUUAUUCAGCGUUGUGGGCUUCGCUGCUCCUCACACCUGUCGACUCCUUUGAAUGGGAUGAGGUCCUGGAACCGUUCCUGAACCGAUUCGCCAAGAGCUGGCACGUAGAUGCUUGGCUAGUCGAGAAGUAUAUUUUUCCUCUGUACGACAGAUUUGGCCCCCUCCGUGAGAGGAUCAUGAGGAACAACCCCCGUCGAUGGGAUGACCCUCGCGAGGUGAUAUACCUUGUGAACGAGUUUGAUGAGGUCCCUCCUCCAGUUUUCCAGAGGAACAGCGUGCGGACACAGCAUGUGCUUUACAAGAUUGGGCAGGUUUUUAAACACCGACGAUACGGCUGGGUCGGUGCUGUGAACGGUUGGACUGACCAGGAACUGCCCAACCGGCUUCGCCCGCGCAACAAGACCUUCUACACGUGCUUACGCACAACAGGACCCGAACGCCAUGUUGUCGCCGAGGAUAAUAUCAUGUUGAUUGAGGAUCCGAGCGAGAUUCCAGAUUCUCUGUUCCGCCAAGCUGGGAAGUUUUUCAAGCGAUUUGAUGCUGAGACAUGCACAUUUGUGUCUAACAUUAAUGAACAAUACCCCGACGACUAG